AUGCGAGCGAAUGAUAUCGUUAAGGGAAGGUACUCUACCUAUCAGUUACAAGAUCUUAUUGGUAAAGGUGGAAAUGCAGUAGUGCAUAGUGCUAUUGACCGAAGUACGGGUGCUAUUGUUGCAGUUAAAAAAAUGACAGCCCGUGAUGAUACUGUAAUGUCGAUGUGGAGAAAAGAAGUUGCUAUUAUAAGUUCCCUUGAACAUCCGUAUAUUAUUCGUUACAUUGAUCAUACACGAUCAGGAAAAGAUUUCAUUAUUGUUACAGAAUAUGCACCUGGAGGAUCUUUACUACAACAACUUAAACGAAAUGGGCAUUAUGGUGAACGUGAAGUAGCACGUUUAAUGUUUCAAAUAACAUCUGGUCUUGCAUAUAUUCAUGAAAAAAAAAUCUUGCAUAGGGAUCUUAAGUGUGCUAAUGUGCUUCUUGGGGCAGGUGAUAUUGUAAAACUUUCAGAUUUUGGUUUGGCGAUGCCACACGGAUUUGUGCGUGGUGACGGGAAUGAUAGUAGUGGUGGUGAAGAUGAACCUCAGAACGGUGCGGUUUCUCCUGCCGCGGCUGUUGAAGAAGAAGGUAUGGUGGGUUCUGUCUAUUGGAUGGCACCUGAGACUAUACGUGGGGAACCGCAGAAUGAAAGUAGUGAUAUUUGGUCACUUGGUUGUCUUUGUAUAGAACUCUUAACAGGAAAUCCACCAUUCUAUGAUCGUGCUCCGGUGAAUGCACUCUAUCAUAUUGCAGAAUCGGAUGAAGUUCCUAUGCCAACAAUAGAACUCUCGGAAGAGUGUAGAACUUUUCUUACGCAUUGUCUUAAUAGAGAUCCAACAAAGCGAAUGAACGCAGCGUCACUUUUGCGUUUACCAUGGUUUGGUGGUUUUGUAGCGGAGAAUAUUCUCGAAACACUCGCUAAUGCUCAGGCAGCAGAUAUUAGUGCAGAUCAAGUUAGUAGCAAUUCAACAGCGAUUGCACGUUGGGUGGAGAGUAACUUAUUUCAUGAGAGGGCAGAACAACGUGAGCAAUGGUUACGUGCUGGUUGUUUAAAAAAAGUUGUUGCGGUACUUCCAAAGGUAACAGCAGAUGCAUCCUUUCAAAUUAUUCGCAGUUUUGCCUUUGCUGCUCAGCGAGGACAUAUGGAACCAAGUUGUUUUCUCAGUCAACUUGGUGAUACCGAUUUAUGGGAUAAUGAACGACUGGAUGUUCUUGGAAAAGUGGAUUCACUUUGUUCUCUUUUUGUCAGUUGUUGUGAACGGCAGGAUCCGAGAGUAGCUCAGUAUGCCCCAACACACCCUGGUGCACUUUGUUUUCUCUUACAGUGUACGGAAGGUAAUAUUGCCAUACCUUGUAUAGAAGCAUUACGAAAUCUUUUAGUUGGAGGAGAUGAAGAUGAAGGGACUUCUACUCAAUCUGUCUCACAAGAAGUUCUUCCGAUAGAAACUAGUAAAAUUACCUACCGUCGUUUCAUUUCUCAAAAUCGUUUUGUUAGUGAUAAAGCUUUUUAUGCUGUACAACGCAUAAUUGAAGAUGUCUGUUGUAAAGCCUUUCAAGAGGAGAAAGAACCUGCUAUUGGUUGGUCUAAUGUGGAUAAAUUAUUUGAGAUGCUUUUACAGGUAUUUAAGAAAAAUGGGAAUGAAUGUAUUAUUAUGGGACCCUCUGCUGCUGCCUUACAAAAUGCAGAGGGUGUAGACUCAUCAACCACCAUAUCAGUUUCCGCUGGUGAUACUGGAAGUGUAAGAGCGGAAGUAGGUGCUCGUACUGUUGGUGGUGGUAAUAAUAAUAAUAAUAAUAAUAAUAAUAAUAAUAAUAAUACUAAUGCAAAUACUAGUACUAAUUCUGUUGCUGUUGCUGGUGGUGUGGGUGUGGGUGGGGUUGGUAAUAGUGGUGGUGUUGCUAACACAUCUGUGGCAUUAACUGGAUCUACGUCUUUAUGUACAUCUACUGGUGCUGGUGGUGGUGGUGUUGGUGGCCCUGGUGGUGUGAUGGGUAUUAAUACCAAUAAUAAUACUACUACUGCUGCUACUAAUAGUAUAACUACCGCUACUUCUACUAGUAAUGCUACCACGGUUGCUGCUGUUGCUGCUGCAGGUGCUGAGAAUAGUGGUGUGCGUGUGAGCCUAGCUCACAGUGGUGUUAAUAAUAGUAAUAGUAAUAGUAGUGGUGUGAGUAGUACGAGACAGGGUGAGGAGCGUUGGUUGCUUGCCCUGCAGGAGGCGAGUCGUCAUCUGUGCUCUAAUGCGAUUCUUCUCCUUCUGCAGUAUAUUGACUACGCCAGACGCCACGACCUCAAGUGUCUCAAUCUCUGCGGUAAGAGCAUCGCCGGUACAUUUCUCAUCGUUGCCUCUAAUGCCGCCAUUGACGCCACCACACGCAUGGCCCUUCUGAAAUGUCUGCCACUUCUCCAGCGGGCCUCGCAGCGGGCCGCGGGGUUUCUGCGCGACACCCGCUGCAGUGUCCCGCUGCUCGCCCACACGGCCCUCAACCUCCACGCCACCGCCGACGGCCGCGAGGACGAUGUGCUCAAAGUCCUCCACACGAUCUGCGAGGAUGACGCCGUCGCCGCGGCCCUCGCCGCCAACAACGCCCUCGUCGCCGCCGUCGUGGAGCGGGCGGCAGUCGCGGCGGCGCGGCGGAAGUGGGCGGAAGUCAUCGUGGCGCUGCGGCUGCUGGAGGUCCUCUUCGCCCACGCGAAGGAGCCGGGGAGAGUCGUCGAGUCCCGCGGGCUGCCGCAGUUGCUGCUGCGACUCGUCGAGGAGGAGAACUGCGGCGCCAAUCUGAAGGCCGUCGCACAGCGGCUACUCAACGGUCUACAGACACAGACAAAUGUACUCUAA